UUUUGGGAAUUGAGGCAGUUGCAGGCCUCUGACGUCGAAGCUUCUCUGUUUCUGCACUUUCUUCUUUGCAAAUUACAAUUUUCAACUUUGCUUCUUUCAUUUUUCACUUCUUCGCCAAAUCCAUAGUGCCAUUGACCUCUUCUCUCUUCAGGGGACUGGUUAUAAAGAUCAACUGCAAUGCGUGCACCAGCAUUACUUGCACAGUGUUUACCUGGUCUAGUUGCCCUUGAUCGUGGAAGUCACAGCAUAUCCUCCAUUCCUGAGAAAGAUAUUCAUCUCCCAUCACCAGCUGUAGAGAUCCUCCCUUCAAAGGUGCUUCACACAGACAAGGAUGCUGGCGAGAAUACAGACCAAUUUAAGGGUUUAGUUAGUGUUGCUGAUAUCAUUGGGUUCAGUGGUUCAGAGGCAAUAUCCGUAAAACCUGAUGGUUAUCUUAAAUCUUGGGCCAGUUCCAUUGAUCUUUUUAGUGUUCUUAAGCAUGAGAUUCGUGAUGGGCAACUGACCUUUAGAGGAAAAAGAGUACUUGAGCUCAGUUGCAACUAUGGACUUCCUGGAAUUUUUGCUUGCUUGAAGGGAGCUUCUGUGGUGCAUUUUCAAGAUCACAAUGCAGAAACGGUAAGAUGCACAACUGUACCAAAUGUCCUUGCUAAUCUCAAGCAAGCUCGUGAUAGGCAGAGUAGACAGCCAGAGUCUCCCCUUACUCCUUCAAGACAGACUCUAGCACCAUCGGUUAACUUUUAUGCUGGGGACUGGGAAGAGUUACCCGCUGUGUUGUCUAUUGUGAAAAGUGAUGGAUGUGAAAUGACGCCUGGAAUGAGUUUGAGCUUCUCUGAGGAAGAUUUUAUGGAUGGAUGUAGCAGCCAAGAUGGUAGCAUCAUUGGACAUGAAUAUUGCUCAAGACGGUCUAGGAAGCUCUCAGGAAGUCGAGCAUGGGAAAGAGGCAGCGAGGCAGAUCAGGGAGAGGGUGGCUAUGAUAUUAUUUUAAUGACAGAGAUUCCAUACUCUAUUACCUCUUUGAAGAAGCUGUACACACUUAUUAAGAAGUGCUUGAGGCCUCCAUAUGGGGUAGUAUAUCUAGCUCCUACUAAGAGGCACUAUGUUGGCUUCAAUAAUGGAGUACGACAACUGAGAAGUCUAGUAGAUGAGGAGGGCAUUUUUGGGGCUCAUUUAGUCAAGGAUUUGGCUGACAGGGAUGUUUGGAAGUUCUUUCACAAGUGAACAAUAAUUCAAAAAUCUGAUGGACUCACCUUAGCAAAUAUCAGACACGAAAUUUCUAGUGAAUUUUUAUACUUUGAAUCAUAAGUAUUCUUUUGUUUUUUAAAAUUCAUAAUUUCUCCAAUUUUCUUAUAGCAUAGUAAUAAUAUAGGUCUGAAUUUGAAAGAUCAGUUUAUGUCUUCAGUGAGAAGUUGUCUCGUUUAAUUCUUUUGCACACUUAUCUCGUUGGAAAAGAAAUUCAGAUAUUGAAAUUGUAAAUCAAACGUUAUGUUUAACUUAAUACUAUAUUAUUGUUUAUU